AUGGAAGCAAAAGUAGCUGAAAGAAAAACAAAUGUAAUGAUCGACACAGGCGCAAUAAGGAACGCUGUAUCAAAAAGCUUCUUAGAUGAAAUUGGAUUGGAAAUUGAUGGACCACCCGAUAGAACCCUGAUUGGAAUAAGCGGAAAAAUCACAACACUAUUAGGAGUCAUCUAUCAACUUCCAAUCAAAAUAAAUACAAUAAUUUGGAAAAUUGAAGCUGCGGUUAUGAAUUCUGAAGCCUACUCAGUGAUUCUAGAAAAUGAAUGGGUUAUACAAGAAGAAAAAGAUGCAUUGCUUAAACAAACUCAGAAAAUCAUGGAAAAUAAUAAUGCUUAUGAGGUACAACGGCGAAUUAAGAUACAACAAGCAAAGCGAAAACAGAAAAACGUAUCUGAGAAAUUCAAGAUUGGAAACAAAAUCCUGUUGCAUCAAACACAUUUAGAAAAUAACUUUUCAGCAAAAUUAAAGGUGAAAUGGAUUGGACCGUAUGCAAGUGAUCAG